UCUACUCUCUCUCUCAUCCAAUGAAGAACAAAAGCACAAACACCCUCCACUCCUUGCAAUCCCAAUGUUUCACAUGAAGACACCUUUCUCCUCAUACCCCACCAUCGCCAUCGCUAUCAUCAUCCUCAUCGCCGCCGGCUCUCCGCCUCCGUCCGUCACUGGUCUCGGUUGCAGCUCCACUAUCGCCGUCAGCUACGGCCGCAACUCCACCACCGUCUGUGGCAUAAUCUCCGGCGAGCCCAUCCAGACAAUUCAAUGCUACAAUGCCGGUAAAACAUUUUCUAUCGAACCAAACAUCUCCUAUGAAUCCAUCUCCGGGGGCCGCGACCUGCUCUGUGGCCUUAUAUCCGGCGGCCUCAGCCUUCUCUGCUGGGACACAGCCACUUUUCAACCUAAGCGAAUUUAUCACAGUACCCACCGCCGGUUAACUGAAUUAACGGUCGGAGACACUCAAAUUUGUGCAAUUGAGGCCAUCACUAGUUUGGCCUUAUGCUGGAGAUUUCCGUCACCGGAGGUGGCGUCGAAGUUCAGUACGAUCACCUCCGGUGGAGGGUUCUCUUGUGGGAUAGUGACGAACAACAGUAGAGUCAUUUGUUGGGGUGGUAGUAAAAUUGGAGCUGAGAUUCAAAGACAAUUUGGGAAUUUCACAAUGUUGAGUUUGGUUGCUGGUGAGUCUCAUGCUUGUGGCGUGACAAAGUCUGGGACUUUGAUCUGUAAAGGAAGAAAUAAUAAUGGACAGCUUGAUGUUCCUUCUCAUUCGGCUUUCGAGUACUCAGGUGUCGCAUUGGGUGUAAAUCAGAGUUGUGCAAUUCUGAGGAAAAAUGGGGUUGUGAUUUGUUGGGGAGGAGGAUUGAAAAGAUCAGAAUUUGCUAGAGAUUUUUGGAGAUAUGGUUCUUUUGAGUCAAUUGUGGCUGGUAUGGAUUUUAUAUGUGGAUUGAAGACGACGAGCUUAUCUCUGUUUUGUUGGGGAUUAGGGUGGUCUAAUGGGUUUAGUUUAGGGACUGUCGUUCCAUUGCCAAUGGUGAUUCCGGGACCGUGUGUUCAAGCUUCAUGUAGCAUGUGUGGUGUGUAUCCGGAUUCGGAUGGUCUUUGUGCUGGUUCUGGGCGUAUAUGCAAGUCAUGCGAGGUUGAGCUUCCAAUUCCGGCAUUGCUUCCCCCAAUGUCGCCAUCAGCACAGCCAGUAUUCCCGCCAUCAAAGGGCAGAAAGAGGAUGUUUUUGGUGUUUGGCAUUGUUGGGUGUGUGGGGUCUUUUGCAGGUAUUUGCACUGCUGUGUACUGCUUGUGGGGUGUUGUUUGUGGUUUCUUGCAGCCAAAAGUUCAUAAUGCUGCUCAACCCACUGUUGCUAGGGCCAAUGCCGGCACUGCCUCCAUGUCCAGCAAUCGUUUUGACGCUCCGCCUUCAAGAUCAGCCUCUGUCAAGCGAGAUAGGUCGCUGAAACUGAGCCGCCAAAGGAGUGGGACUUCUUCGAGGCACAUGGAAAAAGCAGAUAAAUUUUCACUAUCAGAUCUUGCUGCCGCAACUAACAAUUUUUCAUUAGAAAACAAGAUUGGUGGUGGGAGUUUCGGCACGGUUUAUAAAGGUAAGCUUGCUGAUGGGCGCGAAGUGGCCAUUAAAAGGGGAGAAAUUGGUGUAAAAACAGAGAAAUUUCGUGAGAAAGAAAUUGCAUUUGAUUCUGAAUUGUUGUUACUGUCACGCCUUCAUCACAAACACUUGGUCGAGCUUUUGGGAUUUUGCCAAGAAAAAGAUGAGAGGCUUCUAGUGUACGAGUACAUGAGCAAUGGAUCACUACAUGAUCAUCUGCAUAGCAAGAACAACGUCCAAAUCAGUAGCAGCAUUUUGAAUUCUUGGAAAAUGAGGAUCAAAAUCGCGUUAGACGCGGCCAGGGGAGUUGAGUAUCUCCACAAUUAUGCAGUGCCACCCAUAAUUCACAGAGACAUCAAGUCCUCAAACAUACUUCUGGGCGCGAACUGGACAGCAAAAGUGUCUGAUUUCGGAUUGUCUCUAAAGGGUCCCGAGUCUGAUCAGGAAACCAUGUCAAGCAAGGCAGUAGGGACAGUUGGAUACAUCGAUCCUGAAUACUAUGUACUCAACAUUUUGACAGUGAAGAGUGAUGUUUAUGGUUUAGGAGUGGUACUGUUGGAGCUCUUGACAGGGAAGAGAGCUGUAUUCAAGGACGACGGGUCGGGUCCUAUGGGGGUGGUGGAAUAUGCAGUGCCCCGGAUAUCGACAGGGGAGCUACAGAGUGUGUUGGAUGAGAGAAUAGGACCACCGGCGAUGAACGAAAUCGAGGCGGUUGAGCUGGUGGCAUACACUGCCAUGCAUUGUGUGAACUUGGAGGGUAAAGAGAGGCCUACUAUGAGUGACAUUGUGGCUAAUUUGGAGAGGGCACUGGACCUUUGUGAGGACAGUCAUGGUAGCAUCUCCGGUAACAACACAUUCCCGAUUGCUACCCAGUGAAAUUUCCUCCCAAUAGAGGAAUUUAUGAAAUUCUUUCAGAUUUUUCCAUUACUUUUUUCCCUUCUCAUUGGGUAAAUUCCCUAAUUCUUUCUCUAUAAGAAGAGGAUUCUAUUUUUUAUCA